UGUUCGAAUAAAAUGGCCGCGAGGUGGAAAUAUCGUCAAACUAAGAUAAAUAAUAUUCUCCUUCACAAUGGUUAAGAUACAUAUUUAUAAAUUUUUACGCACAUGCAUUUUGAUCAUUUGGGAUCUUAUAGAUUUCAUAAUUUGUUAUAUGAAGAAGUUCAUAAAAAUAUUAAUUAAGGAUUGUGAUGAGAAACAUUGGCCUGUCAAGGUUGUACAUCGUAGUGAGAACUUUUUGGUGGUCAAUAAGCCCUAUGAUAUGUAUAUAAAUAGUAACAAUCCUGACAGAAGGAACACUCUCCAGUUAGAAUUAAAGAAGAUGCUACCAGAUUUGGUUAAUCCAAAACUAUGUCACGAAUUCCACUUUGUUCAUCGGCUAGAUUAUCCUACAAGUGGUGUGAUUUGCAUAGCAUUAAAUAAAAAAGCAGCCAGAGCAGCAUCAGUUGCCUUUGAGAAUCACACAGUGCAGAAAUUCUAUUUGGCAUUGGUACAUGGCCAUGUACAUGAGCCUUACAUCGUAAUUGAUAAAGCUAUCGAUUUAUGUCUUCUUCAACUAGGUGAUGAUAUUCGAGAGAAAAAUAGUAAUCAUAAGAUGUGUACAAGUGACAGUAUUUUUUGUGAAAAACCACGCAGGUCUACUACUGUACUAGUAGUGUUGGAGCAUGGUUUUUGGAAAAGCAAACCUGCCACUAAAAUAUUGCUGGCACCUAGUACUGGUAGACGACAUCAACUGAGAGUACAUUGUCAUCAUAUUGGUCAUACUGUCAUAGGAGAUUAUACUUAUAGCGAAGGAAAAGACAUAGAGCCACACAGAACCUACCUCCAUUCUUUAAGGUUGAUAUUAAACUGUGAUAUUGAAAAUAUAGAUGUAAGGACAGCAGAUCCAUUUGAUGCCUCUAUACUAUCUGAUUAUAAGGCAACAAAUAUAGUAAAGCUCUUGGAUGAAAAUAUAUUUCAUGACAUAUACAAACUGAUGGAAUAAAGCACUGUUUUGUUACAUAAAAUAUCACAGAGAUUUAUUGAAUUAC